AUGAAGAUUCCCGGUCUUUCAUUUCCUGGGCACCAGAAUGACCCUGAAUCUACACAACCACCGCCAUCCCCUCUAUCGACUGAAGGAGAAGCAAACAGCUCUAUAACGAAUUACACGGGCUUCGAAUCGAAGCCAUUGCAGGAUAUUGAAGGCGGACAGAAGAAGGGAUUUUUUUCAAGACCAUGGACUCCGCGGCGAAUUGCGUUUUUCAGCGCCCUUGGCGUCUUGGGAUUAGCUCUUAUUGCACUUGUGAUUGCCCUUCCAGUUGUUCUCACGAGGCAUCAUACCAGCUACCCGGGGGAGUGGGAGCCAAGUGGGUCAAGCCAUGGCUAUACCAGCUAUACUAUCAAGGAAAAUGCACCCAUUUACGCGAUUCAUGACUUCCCCGACCCGGGCCUUGUCGAGCACAAUGGAACAUGGUAUGCAUUUGGGACAAACCCAAGAAAGAACGACCCAGAUACAAUCCACAUACCCGUUGCCACAUCGACAAACUUUGUCAAUUGGACUCUACACGAGGGCUACGACGCGAUGCCGACCGUUCCCACUUGGCAGAGGAAGGUGAAUACCUGGGCUCCGGCUGUGAUCCAACGAGACGAUGGUAAAUUUGUUCUUUAUUAUUCAGGUGAAUCAACAGAGUUCGCCCCACACCACUGUAUCGGAGCAGCAGUCUCGAAUGGAACCGACCCAGUAGGACCAUACACGCCCGUCAAUGAAACAUUCGCUUGCCCACACAAAUACGGCGGUGCUAUCGAUCCUUCCCCCUUCAGAGACGCCGACGGCAAGCUCUACGUCGUCUACAAGGGUGAUGGCAAUAGUGUUGGAUCCGGAGGUGCCUGCGGCAACAGUAACUCACCCAAAAAGCCCGUACCGAUCUUCUUGCAGGAGGUCGAGAGCGACGGCCUGACCAAAGUCGGCGACCCGGUGAUCAUCCUCGACAUCAACAAGACAGAUGGACCACUAGUCGAAGCACCCAACUUGAUACGCCCUGACAACGGCACUUACUACCUCUCCUUCUCCUCCCAUUGCUUUACCUCUCUGGGCUACAAUGUGAAGUAUGCUCAUUCGAAGUCGAUCAAGGGUCCCUACACGAGGGCGGAUCGGCCAUUACUUCAGACGGAUGACUUCGGCCUAAAAGCACCUGGUGGUGCAACUAUAUCACCUGAUGGUCAGCGGAUGGUCUUUCAUGCAAACUGUGAUGGUUGGCGGUGCAUGUACGCUGCAGCCCUGGAUAUUCGUUCUGACAAUGACACCAUUGUUCUGUCGGCGUUGACAUACGAGACUUUGGUGUCCACGAACUCGACAAAAUCCACCAAUUCUACCGCAAGCUCCUGA